AUGCACGUCUGCAACUUGCUCGCUUCCGUCUCAGUAGUCGCCCUUGCAGUAGCCAAUGCCUUCGAGUACUUUACCGGCGAUGGCACCGCCUACACACUGGGCAAGUCAAGUGCCGGGAACUGCAACAUGAUGUCGGCACUCAACCUCGCCGUGACGGACUACGCCGCAUUGAAUAGCGAGCAGUGGGACGAGCUGCAGAACUGCGGUCGCUGUGCCGAGGUCUCGUGCAGCGACGAUCGGUGCCCUGACAAGUCCAAGACCAUUCUCGUGCAACUCCUCGACCAGUGUCCAGAGUGUGAGUACGGCGCCCUUGACCUGUCGCCGUCGGUGUUCACCGCUCUGACGGGGACGACCCCGUCACGGUACAAAGUCACGUGGAAGUUUGUCGACUGCCCCGUGUCGGGCAACAUCAACUACUGUCUAAAAGGUGGUAGUAACACCUACUGGACGGCAGUGCAGCCUACGAACGUUGCAACGGGCGUCAAGAGUAUGCAGAUUAACGGCCACGACACGGUCAUGCUCCACUCUGCUUACUACUACGUUCUAGACGGAGUGAGUGAGACGCAGACGCAACUCACGGACAUGACCAUCACCUUGACGGACAUCAAUGGCAAUACGGUCACCGAUAUCGUGACCCUCACGGCCGACUCGUGCACUGAAGGCACUCACCAAUUCCCACCUAGUCCGCAAAUGGCGACUGGGCAGAUUAACGUGCCGAUCGUAGACUUGAAAUUGCCGACAAUCGAGCUUUCAACAACUCCGUAUGUGCAAGUGCCGGCCACCUCACCAGCGCCGCCAGCUGCAACGCCGAUGCCCAUCAACCCGAUGCCCCCCUCAGUGCCUCCGACUACUCCCGAUACUACGUCACCCGAACAGGGAGAGGGAUAUCCAGCGGGUCCGACUUUUGCAAAUGGGACGACGGGUGACAAGUCACCAGCUCUACCCGAUGCCACCUACAAUGCAACUGGUGAGCUCAAGGAUGUGACGCCCGAAAUUGAGUUGUCACACCUGCCAGCGCCCCCUCCAACGGCGACGCCUCCUAUGACGACUACUACUGACAUGCCAUCACCGGAACAGGAAGAGAUCAAAUCUCCCGGUCCGACUUUUGCAGAUGGGACGACAGCUCCUCAUCCGCCAGUGGAACCUCUUACCACCGAUGGUGUUCCGGUAACCACUUUGUCAGCGGUCACUUCUACCGCAGCUGCACCUCCUAUCACGUCUCCGACUACCAUCCCGGUUGAGACAUCCCUGCCCCUCAAUGAACCAAAAUUAAGGACCGGAUUGGAGCUUGGGUUUGCAAGCAGCGACAGGAAUGCCAUUAAACCUACGCGGCCACUUACCUUUGUACCUGGCUUAGGCAGGAAACCGGCACCGGAGAAGAGGCCAGUGUCCAAGACUAGAUACGGCACCCGUACUAUCUCAGCUGACAGGAGGAGAGUCCAGCAGCCAAGGCAGCAGAAAUCCGGUUUGCCCCUAGCCACACCUGCAUCUACACAGACAAUCGCAGAGCGAACAGCCGAAGGCCAAGCUCUUGGCAAGAGCGAUGCACCUCAGGGGAUAAACACCCAAUCCUGGAAGGCCUCGGAUGGCACUGAUCCGCUGAUCAUCAUCCUAUCGACACUCGGUGCUGUGGCUAUCUUGGCCCUCAUUGCAGCAGUGGUGGUUGCCAAGAGGAAGAAAGUUGAGGAGCAAAAGGCGUGUGACGUCGAGGGGCCGUCUAUGAUUAGUGCGCAGGCUUUUGAUGCGCAGAAUAGCCCAACCCAUGGCGGCCAUGCUUUUGUCGCCCACUAG